AUGAAAGACAAUACCAGGUGUCCCGAAUCCGUAACAAAAGUUGGAACCAAUGACUCUAGUACAAAAGCAAGCCACAGGAGAAAGCCAGGCAAACCGAGUACCGUUUAUGUUGGAGUUGAUUCCAUAGGCCUUACGUGGGUUUUACCUGAAACGUUUGAAUCUGGCGACUUUUAUCAAGUUAGCUAUAAAGAAAAUUCCAGCGGGUCUGGCUGGACAAUUGCCAGCGAAGAAAUAAAGGAAAACAAAGCUUUACUGAAAGGUUUGGCCUCUAAUUGUGAAUAUAUCUUCCGCGUCAACUGUAUUUAUGGAGAGACCGAAGGAUCAUUAAGUGAUUCAAGUGAUCCUGUUAAAACAUUACCGUCACCUGCCUCAACCUUACUUCAGUUUUCGGUACACUCAACUAAAAGUGAUGUUUCCCCUACAAAAUAUUCUCUUCUUACAACUGAAAUACAAAAUGCACGUAAUGAAGGGGCAAAAACAAGAAAACUAGAAAUUGGGCGUAGCAGACCAGUCGAUUGGUCUGAGAAGACAAUAAUGGUUAUAGGAGAAACAGGAACCGGCAAAAGUACGCUUGUUGAUGGAAUGGUCAAUUAUAUACUUGGGGUCCAAUGGAGUGACCUGUAUCGAUUAACAAUUGUGAAUCUUGAAGAUGAAGAGAAUAGUCGAAAACAUAACCAGGCAUUGUCACAGACAGAAUGGAUUACCUGCUACAAAAUAAAUCACAUGGACGGAAGUAGAAUUAAGUACACACUUAACAUUAUUGACACCCCAGGAUUCGGGGACACGCGUGGACUGGACAGGGACAAUGCAAUCGUAGACCAAAUCCGCGAGUUAUUUACGGAGUCUGGGCCGAAGGGAAUAUUAACCAUAGAUGCCGUGUGCUUUCUCAUAAAAGCGCCAGACGCUCGUUUGACUCCUAUGCAACGUUACAUAUUCCAAUCAAUUAUGUCAUUAUUUGGAAAAGAUAUUGAAAAAAACAUAUGUUCGAUGGUAACAUUUGCCGACGGCAUUGAUCCUCCUGUGUUUGCCGCUCUUGACGAGUCGGGACUACCGUUUGGUAAACGUUUCACGUUCAAUAAUUCAGGAUUGUAUGCUAGAAAUACAAAUAUUGAUCAGUAUAGUUUAUCCCCAAUGUUCUGGAAAAUGGGUAUGGCUAGUUUUGAGAAUUUCUUUACCCAUUUAGAUAGCAUGCAAAGAAGAAGUCUACGACUUACAGGGGAUGUAUUAAAUGAAAGGAAUAGACUGGAAGCUACAAUUAAAAACCUCGAACCAAAACUUGAUGCUGGCCUGUUGCAAAUAGAUCAAUUGAAGAAAAUGAUCGAAACAUUUGAAGAUAAUCAGUCUAUUAUCAAGGCAAACAAAGACUUUACCUACACUACAAAGAAAACGCAACAGAAAAAAUCAGAACUUCCAAAAGGUCAGCACGUCACAAAUUGUACACCUUGCACGUUUACGUGCCACGUAAAUUGUUCUUACCCUGACAACGCACAGAAAAGAAACUGUUGCGCGAUGGACCCUAACGGGUACUGCACAAUGUGUCCUGACAAGUGUUUUUGGGACAAACACGCGAACACCCCGUAUAUAUUUACAUAUGAAAUCAUCGAAGAAACAAAGACGUAUUCGGAGAUGAAGGAAAAAUAUGAAAAGGCAUCGGGGCAAUUACUGACACAGGAACAGCUUCUUGACACGAUGCGCCAAGAACUGGAAGAUAUGGCCGAAACCAUUGAAGACAUGAUGGAUGUUGUAAUGGAAUGUAAUCAACGUUUGGCAGACAUUGCUCUCCGCCCCAAUCCACUUACCAUGACGGACCAUGUAGACCUUAUGAUUGAAAAUGAGAAAAAUACAAAAAAAGAAGGAUGGAUGGAACGAAUUCAAUCUCUUCAGAAACUUAAAAAGCGCGCAAAUAUUUUAGAGCACGUUGAUGACUUUUCAAAGAAAGCUAAAUCGGUGCGACCUACUAGGAGCAGAGAUGAAACCAAUGCGACCAAAUCGAGAAAUGUAUUUAGACGUAUUAGGGACGUAUUUGGAAUAUAG